UCCGUGAUAAUUCUCUUCGCAGUUCAUCAUGUAUCCUUCCAUCUAACUUGUACAAAUCGCUACUACUUUACAGAAAAUCUGGAGAGUUGCGAAUCGAACGAAAGGAAUUAGUUAGCGAAAGUGGAAUGCGAUUCCCUCUUAUUUCCCGCGCCCCCGUUCCUUUUCUUUCUACUGCCUUCUUUAAGUUCAAAUCUGCAUCUUCUUGCACUAGGGUUUGUCACAUGGCCGCUUCACCUUCCGACGAUGCGGUUCGCAAUGACACUCCUUCUGCUUCCUCCGUCAUUGACUUCCUCUCCAUCUGUCAACGCCUCAAGACAACAAAGAGAACAGGGUGGUUACGAAAAGAUGUUAAGAAUCCAGAAUCUAUUGCUGAUCACAUGUAUCGAAUGGGCUUGAUGGCGUUAAUUGCACCAGAUGUUUCCGGUUUUGACCGAAACAAGUGCAUUAAAUUGGCUAUUGUUCAUGACAUUGCAGAAGCAAUUGUUGGAGACAUAACGCCAAUGGAUGGGGUGUCUAAACAAGAAAAGAGUCAUCUCGAACAAACAGCAUUAGAUCAUAUGUGUAAAGUACUUGGAGGAGGAUCUGCAGCGACGGAAAUAACUGAGUUGUGGAUGGAGUAUGAAUCAAAUACUUCUCUAGAAGCUAAAUUCGUCAAGGACCUUGACAAGGUUGAGAUGAUACUCCAAGCUUUGGAAUACGAAGAUGGGAAAAGAUUUGGAAGAAUUCUUCCGGUCAACUGCUGGGAAGUUCCAGACUGAAACUGGCAAAGCUUGGGCAUCAGAGAUAGUAUCGAGAAGGAAGAAUAAAUUCUCCAUUACGGAUCGCCCUUUCAAUAAUGGGAAAGGAUAGAUAGGAGGUUGUAUUUGGUUUGUUAUGUGAGUCUUGUGUUCUUUUGUUCACUUGGCAAGAAAGGUAACAGGGGUUAGAGGUAUGCAUGAACUGCAGACCAGUGGUGCAUGAAGCUGAGUCUGAGACCACCUAAUAAGUUGAAGCUGUGCAUGAAGCAGCAAAUGGUUAAUUUCCCUAGGAAAUUUAGUGUGUCGCAUAAUCAACUUUGUUCAACUGUGUCUAACUUUCAUUAGUUCUGAUUACAAACAGUGGAUCUAUAGCUAAUGUUCUUUAAAAAGAUAGACUCAUUGGACACAUCAUAUAGCUUGCGUUGGAGAAGUUUGGAACUAGCGAAAAGCACCUUAUGGCGUAGGACAAGUCACGCUACUGGCGACUUUAUGGUUUAGGAAACGAAUAUACAAUGAGGAAGCUAGAACUUUCAAAGUGGGUCGGAACCCGUGAGUCAACCGGCCCACCACGGGUUCGGACCGGGUUGGGUUAAAUUUUUUUAUAAAUUUUAAUAUGGAUUGAUUUUUGA